AUGGCAUCGUUCAUCCAGAUUGUUAAACUCAAAGUUUUGUUAUUUGUCAUUGCCCUACUUUCCUCUUCAAGUGUAGCUGUUUUUGCUUCUUUGGCCAAUAGUGAAAAUGGACAAGAACUAGGGGCUCUUCUCAAAUGGAAAGACAGCCUUGACAAAUCAUCCUCUGAUCUACUUUCUUCCUGGGACCUUUCUCCAAGCAAUGCUACUCCUCCUUGUGACAGAUGGUUCGGAAUCACUUGUGAUAAAUUUGGUAGCAUCAUCCAUAUAAACCUUACAAGCAGCCAAUUAAAAGGUACGCUCCAGAAUUUUAAUUUCAUAUCCUUCCCUAACCUUCUUAGCCUGGACCUUAGUAACAACUCACUUUAUGGAACCAUUCCUACCCAUAUCAGUAAUCUCUCUGAACUGUCUUACCUUGAUUUAUCAGCAAACAAUCUCAAUGGUUUUAUCCCAGAGUCCGUAGGAAACUUAGCCAACUUGAACAUACUUUACCUUAAUAUCAAUCAACUUUCCGGAUCAAUUCCACCCACAAUUGGGAACUUGACCAAGCUCACUGGAUUGCACUUUGUCACUUAA